AUGGAUCACGAAAAUCAGACAAAAGUGACUGAGUUUCUUUUCUCGGAUUUCCCUCAGAUUGAGAACGGUGGUCUCUUAUUCUUCAUUCCUCUGCUCUUCAUUUACAUGUUCAUUGUGUUUGGAAACUCCAUGAUCUUCUUUGCUGUCCAGCUGGACAUCCGUCUCCACAACCCCAUGUACAGUUUCAUCAGCAUUUUCUCCUUUCUGGAGAUUUGGUAUACCACGACGACCAUUCCCAAAAUGCUCUCCAACCUGGUCAGCAAGGAGAAAACCAUUUCUUUAGUUGGCUGCCUGCUGCAGAUGUAUUUUUUCCACUCCCUUGGAGUCACAGAAGGCCUAGUCCUCACAGUGAUGGCCAUUGACAGGUAUGUCGCCAUCUGUAACCCUCUCCGCUAUGCAGUCAUCAUGACGCUGCAACUCUGUAUCCGGCUGUCCACAGGCUCUUUCACCGUGGGCUUCCUUAUGCUGCUGCCAGAGAUCGUGUGGAUUUCUACUCUUCCCUUCUGUGGCCCCAACCAGAUCCACCAACUCUUCUGUGACUUUGAACCUGUGCCUCGCUUGGCCUGUACAGACACUUCCAUGAUUCUGGUGAUCCAUGCCAUCUCCAUCCUGACCUGCAUCUCUGUCAUCACUCUCUCCUACUUAAGGAUCAUCACUGUGAUCGUGAGGAUUCCCUCUGGUGAGAGCCGUCAGAAGGCAUUUUCUACCUGUGCAGCCCACAUCACUAUUUUCUUGCUGUUUUCUGGCAGUGUGUCUCUCAUGUACCUUCGCUUCUCUGUCACCUUCCAACCGCUGCUGGAGAAGGCCAUUGCACUGACGUUUGCUGUCCUUGUCCCAUUUUUCAACCCUAUAAUCUACAGCCUGAGGAACAAGGAUAUGAAAGAUGCCAUUAAGAAAAUUUUUUACAGAAAACGUGAUAAAGUAUCAGAGGAAGUUUCCAUUAAUGAAGCCUUGGGGAAAUGGAGACCAUUUUCCCUAGACACUAGAAGGAGCUACCCCAGUAGAGAAAUCUCCCCCAAGAAGGCUUUAGAAAUAGGUUUAACAGUCCUUCUUAAUAAGCUGGAGACACUGAAACUGCCUAAGACCAGGAAAGGGAAGGAACCUCAUUGUCUCUGCCAGAGCACACUGGGUCAUAGCCAGAUGGAUCAGUGCACAUGGAGGGUCUUCACUCUUGCCCUAAACAUGGCAGCAGCUCUAUGGAGCCUACUCAAUGAGGAAGAAUGGGCAAGUGAUAGUUUGACCUGGAACAGAAGGAAAAUGACUAUUCAGAGACAACAGCGUAGUGGCCACAUACCGUCACCUGUGGAUAAGGAAACCCUCCCCAUGAACCUUCCAGGGAAAGCCUUUGUAACUACCUGA